UGUGGCGCUUCGUCAAUAGGGCGGGGUUAUUUACCGGUAGGUGGGAGGAGUGAUAGUUUGAAAGUGCAAAAGCAGGACAAAAAGAAAUCUCAAAUUCUCCUAAUUGUACCUUUCACCUGCGAUCGCGUGUGUAAACAGUGUAUGCUAAUAAUAUCAACAACACCCGUCACUAGAAUAACUGUUUACAGAGGCGAGCUCUCUGACUUUUAACCAGUGGCGACAAAUGAAGCGUGUAAUGUCCUACAACGUUGAUGCAAAUGUUGCCAAACAGACUGUAAAAUAAGGAUAUGUGUAUUAUUGAAUCACAAUUCCCAAAAAUAAGCAUUAUUUUGGAUGGUAACAUAAAAGGGAACUGAAUUUGUGCUUCUAAACAGAUAGAAAAUUGCGCCGUCGCUAAUGACAACUGAAUCUAGGCAACGUGAUACUGAUAACAAAUGUGAUUUAGCCACCCGACACUGACUGAAUCAGAUUUAUCUGACCGGGACACAACUAUAGUGGUCUCUAGUAGGAUUUUUCCCCUUCUGAUAUCCACAGACACCAGCCCAUGUUUGAAAGUACGAGAUGGGCUGGGCCGCCUAGUGUCUUUUGUGGCGUGUGUGACAAUAGACGAGCUGAAGGUGAUCGCGGGAGCGGCAGCAUCACCGUAUCGCUCUUCACGGAGAACGGACACACGGGCAUCACAUCUGCUCAUAACCGUCAGACAAAGAUAUAGAAGUUUAUCCAGGACCACAGAAACCGGUUAUUUGGCGCGAGCGGGACCAACCGGUCUCACUGUUCCUCCUCCACGCGUGGGCUUCACGCGCUGGGAAUUGGAGAGCGGCACAAGAGAGCCGAGAUCCCAGCGUUCAACUCACAAUUUCGGAUUCAUUCGUGUACGACGGAUGUAAUUUAUCGGAGGAAACCAUCUAAAAGGCUUUAUUCAAUCACACAAGGGUCUCUUAACAAAUACGGCUGUUGUUCGGGGCUGGAUAUCCGUCAUACAACCGCGCGAAGGCUCUCUGCCUCGGGAGAAAUUGAAUCUUUGUGGAGUCGGUAUACGCACUUUCACGCGGUCCGAACAGGUGUACGCGUUCAUAACUACGUAAGGACUGAUUUCGGAAGGUGUGAGUGACAAUUAGGAAUUUAUUGCUACACUUGCAAUUUUCUGCAAUAUCUGGACUUAAUCGCCAGUGCAGAAAACAGGAGAAAUAUGGAUAUCAAUUGGCUUAUUAUAGCCUUUGCGGUUUUGGUGAGCUCUUGCUCGGCCCAGCGGCAGGUCACAGUUCAGCCGGGGCCCUUGAUUCGAACGGAAGGCUCUCACAUCACCAUCUGGUGUAAUGUGACCGGCUACAAGGAAGGAGUGGAACAAGACUUUGAGUGGUCCAUGUACCUGUACACCGCUCCCGACCGAGAGAUCCGUAUCGUGAGCACGUCCCAGCACAACUACGCCUAUGCCUUGUACGCCCAGCGUGUCAACAGCAAGGAAAUCUACAUCGAGAGGCUGAGCGGAGACUCUGUCGUGCUGCACAUCACCAAGCUGCAGGCCACUGACCAGGGCAUGUACGAGUGCUACACCCCAAACACUGACAGCCGCUACCUGGGCAUCUACAGCGCCCGUACCAACCUCACCGUGAUCCCGGACACUCUGACGGUGACGGCUGCUGCUCAGACUCUCUCGAAAGUGGAGGGGGACACUCUACAGCUGAGCUGUGAGGUCACACGUCAGACUUCCCAGCACACUCAUGUUUCUGUGGGCUGGUACCUGCGUCCUGCUGACGACCCCAAUUCUGGUCCACGUGAUCUGGUCACUCUGUCACGGGACUUCGUUCUACGGCCAGGGGGACAAUACCGUCAACGUCUAUCUUCAGGAGACCUGCGGCUAGACAAGAUCAGCGCCACUUCCUACCGUCUCACCAUCUACAAGCUGCAGCCCACAGACCAGGGCGAGUUCUACUGCGAGGCCUCCGAAUGGAUCCAGGACCCGGAUCGCUCCUGGUACGCCAUGACCCGGAAAGAGUCAGAAAAGACGUCUGUCAAAGUUCAGCCCACAGAUCGGGACUUUAGUAUCCAGGUGACCACUGAGCGCCGGGCCUACACGGCUGGUGAGCCGCUGGAGCUCCGCUGCACCAUUGACGCUCAGAAUGUUCCAGAGCGUUUCUUCUCGGUGUCGUGGGUCUUCAGCAGCUCACCCGUAGCCGUGAUCGGGCCCAGCGCCGUGCCCGUACUGGGACCCAACUAUGUGGAGCGAGAAGCAUCCGGCCUCCUGACAGUGCGCAAAGAGAGCCCUUCCAUCCACCUGCUCAAGUUGCAGCGGCUACUGCCAGAGGAUUCUGGGAAAUACAUCUGCAGGGUGACGGAGCGGGAAAAGACCCCCACUGGAGAUUUCAUCGACCGCAGCAAGCGGUCCCGUAACGUUCAGAUCACUGUAACCCCUCUCAGAAGUAACAUCACUGUGUCGUUAUCCAGUAACUCUUCAGAGAUUAUGGAGGGGGAGACCAUCCAGUUGACCUGUGUUGUUAGCAACACUGUGGGUCCCUUGUCAAUGACGUGGCAGUGGACUGAUAAGGAUGGGGCAGGUCCUGCUGUGAACGUGGCUUCUGUGGAUCGUGAGGGCACGGUCACUCCUGGGCCCACUUUUAGGGAGCGCAGCAGCUAUGGAGAGGUCCGGGUGGAGCGGGUUCGGCCAGACACGUUCACUCUGUUCCUGUAUAAUGCCUUCCCCACAGAUGAGGGCCAGUACAGAUGUAGUGCCGCCGAGUGGUCCCAAAGUGGUACUGCACCUGACUGGAUUUGGCAGCAGAUUGGAGACGACUCCGCCAUCAAGACCGUCACAGUAAAAUCAGUUGAAUCUUUCUUCUUCGUGUCGGCCUCCUCUCGUACACCCAGCGUGACGUUUGGUGACUCGUUUGACCUACAGUGCAUCGUGAAGCCACGGCACAAUCCCAACGUUCCUGCUGCGGUCACAUGGCGCUUCCAGCCAGCAGAGGGCGACGGAGAGUUCCGAGAUCUGGUGACGUUCACGCGGGACGGCACUCUGCAGUGGGGCGAUCAGCUGCUGGGCCUUGGCACACGUACCACUGUGGAUCGUACACCCACUAACACCAACUUCCGUCUCAGCAUCACCCGAGCCGGACGCAAGGAGGCCGGGACGUACCAGUGUGCUGCCUUGCUUUAUCGGAGGAAUUACGAUGGCACCUGGAGCACGGUGGCCAACCGCACCUCCAACCCGCUGGGCAUCAGUGUACUGCAGCCUGUGAGUAAACUGAAGGUACACAAGUCCAACCAGAGUCUGCAGUUUCUGGAGGACAGUCGGGUGCGUGUCAACUGCUCUGUCACCUCCCAAACCAGCCUGGAUUCUCAGCAUGCUGUGCUGUGGUAUGCCAGGAAGGCAGAGGCAGGAGAGCCGGAUGAGCUGCUAUUGAAGAUUGAGCACUCUGGAGCAUUUGAGUACGGAGCGUACGCGGAGGAGGAACGUCUCCGCAGCCGUGUGCAGUCAGAGAGACUCUCUCCUCGGCUAUACGGCCUCACCCUUCACCGUGCCGAAACCAGCGACUCUGGAACAUACUACUGCCUUGUGGAGGAGUGGCUUAUGGACCCUGAUGGAGCCUGGUACCGUCUGGCACAAGACUCCUCCGGCUUCACACAUGUGAUGGUGAGACAGCCAGUGGUGAAGUUACAGGUGGAGGAGGCAGAAUCCAAUAUCACUGUACCUGAAGAUGGAUCAAUCCGGCUGGGCUGCAGCAUUCUGUCUCAGUCCUCAAAAGAUUCCCGCUUCUCUGUAUCCUGGUACGUGUACCGUUUGGGACAAGAAGAGGAGGAUGAGCAAGAGUGCGUCUUUUCCAUCGGCCAUGAUGCAGUGUUCGGUAAUGGGAACUGCAGUCCUACAGAGGAACCGGGUCCAAACUCUCGCCUGCAGUUUGAACGCACCACCUCUGACCUGUACAGUCUGACCAUCCAGAAAGCUCGGCCCAGAGAUGCCGGCAAUUACUACUGCCACGUGGAGGAGUGGCUACUGAACCCGCGCAAUGCAUGGUACCGCCUGGCCACCAACAACUCUGGAGUCACCAUUAUUAAUGUUAUGGAGCAGGUCUCUACACUACAGUCAGUGGUUUGUUCCAACGACUCCCUCUUCUACUUCGUAUUCUUCUACCCCUUCCCUAUCUUUGGCAUCCUCCUCAUCGCGGUCCUGCUGGUGCGAUACAAGAGCCGCAGCUCCAGCAAAAACCAGGAGGGAAAGAACGGAGCACCACUCCUGUGGAUCAAAGAGCCCCACCUCAGCUAUUCCCCAACCUGUCUGGACCCCCCGGCCCUCAGCCUUCACCCCGGCUCUGUGGAGUAACAGUGACACAAACACGACCCUGUCUCGCUCAGAGACUCGCUCAUCUACACUCUCUCUCUGACUCUCUCUCUUUUUCUUCUCCUCCUCGUCCAUGAUGAGGCCACCAGAAAGUAAUCUGGGCUUCUAGCCUGGUCUAUCAAUCCGUCCAUAUGACUGACUAAGACCUUCCUCAGUUGAAGUUGCCAUGACUACGUCGACUGCUGGUGGUGAUGCCUAGACAUUUGCUUUUCUUUCUUUUUCCAGAUCUUUUUUUUUUUUUUUGAUUUCAUGAUUUUACUUCUCAUUCAUGCUCUUUUGUGAGAACCUUUCCUUUGAGGUGGCAGUAUCCGUGAGCCUUGAUGUAUUUUACCUGACUGACACCAAACUCCUUCCCUCUCCGGGAUAAGAAACAGUUUCGUUUUUUUUUUUAUUAUUCCCGUCUAUGAAGUCUGGUGGAAACCAUUGCAUAUUAUUUGUUAUUUUGUCUUUGCUGAUUUUUGCUUCAGAAGACUGGAAGGUCAUUGCUGGACCAUGAACGUUUCUAGUGACAAUGGUGUAUUGAUGAAGGAAAAAAAGGACAUUCUUUCCUCGAAAAAACCUCGGAAAGCUGACAAUGGAUGUAUAUUGAUUUUGUUUGUGUGCACGUGCCACAGAACUGCCUCUGUUUAAAUGGAUAGAGAGCCCUCAUUGCCCACAGACUCGAGGAUACACAUGAACCCCAGCUCAUCCUCACUGCCAAAGACCAGUUCGACUUCAAAAGCCACAAAUUCUAAUUCAAAGACACCGAAUAGGAUUAGACAUGAGUAAUGUGAGUCAUCUAAUGUCAUCCAGUUGGAAAAGACAGUCUUGACGCUGACACGUUUCCUCAUCACUGGAGCUCAGAUGUUUCUACAUGCCCUCAAAUUUCACAUUUCAUUUCUAGGUAUUCUUGACCUUCCCAAUGUUAAGAAAAUCCAUUUAUCUCCAAAAAACCCUUUUGUAUUUGUGUCUUUGUAUGUUUGUGUAUAUAUAUACACAACUGACCCCACAUUUAGUGAGCGUUCGCCUCAGUGUCCUCAUAUUUUCAUAAUGCAAGGUUGAAUGGAAACAAAGGGGGCAUGAAGGGCUUUUCUGAAUUUUUUGAAGUUUGUAAAAACAAUGUCUUGAGGGAGACAGCUGACAGGACACUACAUACUCAAGGGACAUUCUCAGUGCCAAGACCUUUUUAUCAUCCCACGUGCCCUGUAAUGAUCUAAGAGGAAAGCUAAGAAAUUGGCAGGCUUCUGCAUAGGCUAUAUGAGUUAUGAAGGGAUUAUAAAUUUUGUUUUAUCUAUAUUCUACAUCACAUCAGUUGUUGUUGUUCUUCUCUUUAUGGUUUUGUAUUUAAAAUAUGGUUCCCGAUCUUUGUGUUACCGCUGAAAAGAUUGUGAAAACGUAAUGCGCCGUCUCAUAACCUGUAACCUGUGAAGACCUAAUAGUGUGAUUAUAUCUCUGAGGGUGAAUUUAGCAUCUAAAUUAUUGUCGGUCUCCAUGGACAUUUCAAAAACACUGCCAUAUUUAACACUGAAGAUGCUAUAACAGUGCUUGAUCAUUGCAUUUGCUCCGCGAUCCACACUAGUCCUGUUUCAUACACGAAGGAUUCAACCUCCAUACUGAAAACAUUUAGAGCUUAGCUGUAGCGUGAAUGAAUUUUAUGUUAAAUUUGCUUUCCUGUUCAAAUUUAAACACGGACUACCAAACAAAACGUGUUGUCUAAUAACAGCAACAUGCGGUCUGACACCAAACUGGACGUGUCUCACUUGUAGACAACAUUGGUGACCUGCUAACAGUGCGACUUUCGCUCAGAGUGUCAUCUGGGUCACUGCCGCACUCAUGUGAUCUCAAUAGUCAACAACACGGCUUUUCUGUAAAUUAAAUUUAGAUCCACUUGAAGCUUGUGGUCAUCUUAUUUAUUGAAUCAUAAAACUCCUAGAUAGAAUAUGUGAACUUCAUAAAUCUGCAUAGACAGAAUGUGGCAGAAAUAGCAGUGAACAUUUAGGCAACUACAGUAUAACAUGGCUAAUUAUCGUGUCUAGAGGAUUAUGAGACAUGAGAAAUCUGGGAAUCUUCAUAAAGAUGAUACAGUGAUUUCGCUCUCUUUAUCUACAAAAUUUUGUUGAACUGUACAGUGCAUGAAGAGUAAGGGGGACAUUUUAUUAAUGUCUGAAAGUUGUGUCGUGACAUCAUGUCAGAUCAAUGGCAUCCUCGUCAUCUCCACCUUGUGGAAGGCCUCGCUGAUUCAACACACCUUGUUGGGUUGAAUGAAUGUUACCCAUUCUAACACAGCGGCCCUCAAAUGUAAUGUAAAAUUCGAUUAUUUGAUCAAUAGGUCAGCCUUCCUCAAGCAGGAGAUGUGUAAUGUGGCAUUGAGUGUGAUAUUGCGGUUCUGCUGUCAUUCAAUCUGUACAGAAUUAUUCAGAACUCUAAAUAGUGUUUUUGUAGUUCAACAUGCCCAGCUGAAUCAUAAUGUUCUCACAAUGUUGUAAAUGCAUUUGGAGGGCUGCAUGUCAUGGCUGUGUACUGGCAGUAUAGCUGCAGAAAAACAAAACAAAUGACAAAAAAUAUUGUGUUGAUGUGUGUUCAGUUCAGCCAGUGCUGCUUUUACAAGUGGUGAUUUUUAUGUUCUUUUUUUUUAAAUAACCAAAAUAGUGCACUGAAUAUUUAAAAAAUGUUGCCAUGUUUUUUUAUGCUUCUGUGUUUUUGUUGUACUCUGUUUAAUUUUUGUUGUGUUUUUUUAUAUCUAUACUUAUUUUAUUCAAUUGUAGCAAUUGCUAUUACGAAAAGGCACUUUGCUAUUGUAAGUUGAUUGCAAUAAAACAUUCAGUGCACAGCA